AUGUAUACAAAGAUGACUCCAGUCCUCUGGGGAUGUCUCCUCCUGUGGAAUCUCUACAUCUUGUCCUCUCAGACCAUUUACCCUGGAAUCAAGGCCAGGGUUACUCAGCGAGCACUGGACUAUGGUGUUCAAGCUGGGAUGGAGAUGAUUGAGCAAAUGGUAAAGGAAAAGAAGAUCCCAGACUUAAAUGGUUCUGAAUCUCUUGAAUUUCUAAAGGUGGAUUACGUGAACUAUAAUUUUUCAAACAUAAAAAUCAAUGCCUUUUCGUUUCCAAAUACCUCACUAGCCUUUGUGCCCGGGGUUGGAAUCAAAGUACUGACCAAUCAUGGCACUGCCAACAUCAGCACAGACUGGAAAAUCAAGUCUCCACUUUUCCAAGACACAGGAGGAGCUGAUCUGUUUCUUUCCGGGGUCUUCUUUACCGGUAUUGUUAUCCUGACCCGAAAUGACUUUGGUCAUCCAACCCUGAAGCUCCAAGACUGCUAUGCCCAAGUGAGCCACGCCCACGUCUCCUUUUCUGGAGAACUCAGUGUCCUGUAUAAUUCUUUUGCUGAGCCCAUGGAAAAACCCAUUUUAAAGAACGUAAAUGAAAUGCUCUGCCCCACUAUCAUAGGUGAAGUUGAAGCGCUAAAUGCCAAUCUCAGCACAUUGGAAGUCUUAACCAAGAUUGACAACUACACGCUGCUGGAUUAUUCCCUAAUCAGUUCUCCAGAAAUUACUGAGAACUACCUUGACCUGAAUUUGAAGGGUGUAUUCUACCCACUAGAAAACCUCGCUGAUCCCCCCUUCUCGCCAAUUCCUUUUGUGCUCCCAGAACGCAGCGACUCUAUGCUCUACAUUGGAAUAUCCGAGUAUUUCUUUAAAUCUGCGUCUUUGGCUUAUUUCACAGCUGGGGCUUUCAAUGUCACUCUCUCCACCAAAGAGAUUUCCAACCAUUUCGUUCAAAACUCUCAAGGCCUUGGCAACGUGAUCUCUCGGAUCGCAGAGAUCUACAUCUUGUCACAACCCUUUAUGGUGAGGGUCAUGGCCAUGGAGCCUCCGGUGAUCAAUUUACAGCCAGGCAACUUCACGCUGGACAUCCCUGCAUCCAUCAUGAUGCUCACCCAGCCCAAGAACUCCACAGUGGAAACCAUUGUUUCCAUGGACUUUGUUGCUAGUACCAGUGUUGGCCUCGUUAUUUUGGGACAAAGACUGGUCUGUUCCUUAUCUCUAAACAGGUUCCGCCUUUCUUUGCCAGAGUCCAAUCGCAGCAAUAUUGAGGUCUUGAGGUUUGAAAACAUUCUGUCCUCCAUUCUUCACUUUGGAGUUCUCCCACUGGCCAAUGCAAAACUGCAGCAAGGAUUUCCUUUGCCCAAUCCACACAAAGUCUCAUUUGUCAGUUCAGAUAUUGAAGUCCUUGAGGGUUUCCUUUUGAUUUCCACUGACCUGAAGUAUGAAACACCCUCAAAGCAGCAGCCAACUUUCCACGGUUGGGAAGGUCUAAACCUAAUAAACGGAUGGUGGAAGGGGAAGCCAGCCCCUUGAUUGUCAGCACGCAAUCCACCCCAGGAAGUAAAUGGCCCUUAAUCCCACAGUUGCUGUAAACCCAGAGGGGGAAGAUAGUGCAAUCUGGAAUUUUAAAGUCCUUGUGAAUUGCUUUGGCGGAAAGGUUUCUUUCUCAAGCCCUCAGGGACCAAGAAAGGGCUGAAUCCAGGUGUUUGAAUAUGAGCACAGGCGUGCUGUGCGUGCCUAUGUUUAUGUUUGUGUGUUUUGGACAAGAAAGAUCCUGGGACAAGAGCUAGGCAUGUACUUCUGACCAACUGGGUAAAAAACCCUUCCAUUUGUAUUUGUUUUGGUUGUUCUCAGUAGAGAUCCCUUCAGCUUCUAAGGAAUUUCCCCUGCUUGCAUAUUGAAUUUUAUGUUUUAUAUUCACUGUUUACUAUCUCCUGUGUUUAAUUAAAAUGUUUUCUAU